GUCGCCAUUCAAUUCCCACCCGUACACAUUAAGUAGUAAGUACUGUGGAGCUACAGAAUAUACUGCAGAAUUUUAUAUGCGGAUAGAAUGUAAUAUUUUGCGGCGCCAUUUUUCCGGAAAUAAACCUGUGUUUGUGCACGUACUGAUGUACUGUAUAAUACUGUAUACGUGCAUAUCCAACGAGAUAAACUGGAUGACAUUGCAUCGUUUUGACGUCAGUUUUCUUGCACUGAUCUUAUUUUGCAGUUAUUAUACGGGUAUACAAGCGGUUGUGACCGGAAGUGAGAAUUCCUUAAUAAUUCCAGUUUCCAUGCGUCGUGAGGAUUGAGAUUGAUGCCAUUUGUCUGUCCGUGGAGAUGCCGGCGCAGCAUCGACGCAGCGGACUGUAACCAGCAUUCUGCGUGGGAAGCGUGUCCCUGUCCGUAUCCGUAUCGCUCCCAGUACCGGCACAACGGCGAUCGAUACGCGUCUGUCUAUUCCUGUUCCUGCUCUUCUGUCAUGACGUACCAGCCCGACUCGGUCAACUCCUCCAACGCCAAACCCACCUACUACAGCGAGCGCACCGAGGUCCGCGAGUCCACCGAACUGCCGCGCGUGCACGCCUACAAGGCCAACUUCCCCUUCGACGCCAUGGGGGCGACGCGCGUCAGCACGGCCGAGGAUCCCGAUCAGUCGGAGAAGACGCGCAUCCACAGCCUGUACAGCGGGCCCCUGCUGGACGUGCCGCCGCCCCUGGGCGUGUACCUGCGCGGGCUGGGCGUGCUGUGGCACGCGCUGAACGCCUACAAGGACCUGCUGCUGGACGUGGCGCAGUCGCUGUUCCUGCUCUUCCUGCAGCACCCCGCCCUCGGCGUCUUCUGCACCGUGCUCGGAGUGUUCGUUCUCACGCCGUUGGGGGUCUUUCUCGGGUUCAGCCUCGUCAGCGCCGUCAGUGUGGCCGUCACGGCCUUGAUUGUCGAAGGCCUGUUGGUGGCGGGCGGCGUGUUGGCCCUGUUCUUCGCGGUGCCGACGGGCUUCGUGGUGGGCCUGGGCGCCGCCUCGGCCGCCGCCGCCGCCUGGAUGGCCCUCAACUGGCUGGUGAAGAUGCUGCGCGGCCGCGAGAUCCUCGAGGAAGUGCUGCCGGCACGCUACCGCGCCGGCCCGCCCUCCCAGACGAGCCCCUCCACCACGACGACGCAGGUGCAGUAGCCGAGCAGAGAAUUAUUCUUUAAUCGCCCCGGGCACAUCCAGUCUUCGCUGCGCAGUGCAUUAACAAGUCGGUAUACACGACGACCGCUCAUCUGUUCGUGCUAAUCUCUCUUUAUUAAUCAAGCAGCUGCGGGCGCUGUUCUGUGCUAUAAUGCUGGCUGCCUGCCAGAAGGAAUCUCUAAUUAACCAGCCAAUUUCGACCCGGCUUGUGUUGUUCAUUUUUAACUUAUUCCGCUUUGCCACUGCGAUUUUAUUUUACGCGUUCCAUGACUGGCUGUGUUGUGUUUGUAUUGGUUAAUACGUUUUUAGCAGACUGUUUGUCAACUUCUCAUACACACCCAUUCACGAUUAAUAUGGAUUUUACUUGAUGCUAGAACGUGGUUGUUGUUGAUUAAAAUAAAUUGUACCGGUGA